CACACACAGUCAAGUCGUCCCUUGCGUGUGCAACGCUCCGUCAGUCUCGGUACACAAGUCUAGCCGUUUGGACGUGUGUGGCGUAAGCCUUUCUCCCACUGAAGUUGGACGGUCAUUGGGCGCGGAUAACCGAGUGCUUGGUGCUUUGGCUCACUUCAUAAACAGGUUCCCUCUAAUCGAUUUGGGACCGCUUUGCCUUCUCGCGGCUAACGUUGGCAGAUAUUUAGAACGACGCCGCUGUGACAACUGUGACCAAUUGUGAAGGUGAAGGUGGAUUAUAUGUGAGCUGGAAGAAUCCUUUACCGAAGAUAUUGCAAAGAUUAAACGAAGCUGGGUGAAGGGAAGAUCUGACCGGUGCGAUAAUGAUGCUCUUUCGUGCGGCGAUGUUUGUGGUCAAGGGAAGAUCGAUGUGAAAUAGCGAAAGGGGAAAAAAGAACGAGCGUCUGUGGAUGAAAGUGAGGGCAGCAGUGAGACGAGUUAAUUGGUGUACUGAUUUAAUCAGCUGUUGUGUUUUGGAAAACGUGGAGUUAAACGUAUCAAGUGCAGCAGGCAAACAAAGGUGCGACGGGCAGAGAAGAGGAAUGUGAAUAUUGUAUAUAAUUUCAAUUAACAAAAUAGUUUACAAGAUUGCUCAGUGAAGUUCGACAAGGCGGUUGAACAAGUGCGGAACAAAUUAAAAACUACAAAGCACCCGUAAGCGGGCAUUUUUGGGAACGUGAAAUUCCGAGAUGUUUCAUUAAACCAGCACCGAAUCAAGGUUGAACUAUUUCAACGAUCUAAUGAAAGGAAGCAUAUUGUCAGACUUAACGAAUUAAACGAGUUUGAACGGUGUUUGAGGAAGGAAAAACUUUGAUGCACUCAUUUAUGCACAUAAAUUGUUCGAGAUCCGAGGAAUCUAUCCAUUAGCCAGUGCGGCAAGAUAUUUCGUUAUGUUGUGGGAAGUUGAAUGAAAGAAGGUACAGCGGAAAAACCUUUACGCGCGCUUAAUAGUAAGCAAAUGUAGAAGAAAAGAAGACAGAAACUUGAAGGCAGUGAAUUUAAUCAGCUUCAACAAUAAAAUAAAACCACCUCGUUAAAAAGGAGGCAAAUAGAGAAAAAAAAUACACAAAGUACGAUCACCAGAUGAAGUGAGGAGCAGUUUCAUUCGACAUUCAUAAAACAAUGAUAUUUAAACAUGACCGUAAAAUAUGCAAAUAGAGUUUCAUAAUAGAAAGAAGGCAGAAAGGAAAACACACGUCACACAACUGUCGAGACCAGUUCGCUUGAGAAGAACGGCAGCCACGGCGACAGACAGCGGAGGGAAGAAGGCUAUUGAUUUUCCGUGUCAGCCCCCACUGGUGUGGUAGAAGAGUUUCUUACAUCUUUCGCUGGGAGACGUUGAAAGUCGUUUGAUCUUUAUCACAAAAGGAAGUCGGCGCCGAAGAAUCGUGAUUAGUGCAAGCGUGUGCCGGAACGGAAUCGCAGUUCGAUAAAAAUGAUUUAUUCUCUAUCCUAGACGAUUGGCGGAAAGUGUGAUCGUUUCUACUUGAUUGCAGAGCUGGGACAGUGAAUGUGGGGACGACGGUGCAGUUGAGUGUGAUUAAAGAAGAAUGAAUAUUUUUGUGCAGUGAACCAUAUUAGGAAGUACAAUCAACCGUUUGUUCGACAGGAAACCGAUAGCUUCGCAUCACCUUUUCUUCGAGUUGCAUAAAAUGGAUCUUCUUUUUAUUAAAAGAGCCGAAAUUAUCAUCCGAUGCCAUAAAUUAGCAUAAUGCAAAAUGGAGCUCUCUACGAUGGGAGGUCGUCGCUUGACCUCUCAGCAGCUACAGCAACUACAACAGUCCCAGCAGCAUUCCGACGAUUUCCAACCAUUCCAGAAGCCGCUACAUCCAGCCCAAGCCAUGCUAUUCCAGCACCAGCAACUCACCAGUCAACAAAUGGGCCCUCCACCGUCGAUGGGAAUCGGUGGCCUGCAUCGGUCCGCACCACGAUUUCACGCCUCGCGGCACCGAAAGGACUCGCUGGGGAAGAGUGUUAGCAAGUACAUGUACCCGCCGGGGUCACCCUCGAUGGGGUUCAAUGAAAACAUCUACCAUCCCCAAACGACGGCAGCGACGGCGGCGACGGCGGCGAUGUCCGCGAUGACGACCAACAACGGCAACAGUCUCAACAGCAAGCACAAUCGCUACCCCGAGCCGGAUCCGGACGUAAUCGAGGUCUUCCUGGAGGACGAUCCAGUCAAGCUGAAGGAAGCGGUGCGCGAUGGGAAAGAAAUCAAAUGGCGCAACAACAUUGUCGCGACCAUGGAGCGGUACGAGCCUGCUCCAAUAUCGGCCGCGACCUUACCGUCCUCCUACCUACAUCACCAUCAAUCCAGUAACGACAGCAGCAUAAAUCCGGAGUACUCGUACGCUUAUUGCGAACCGAUGUUGCUCAAGCAGCAGGCUCUUCAGCAGCAGCACCAGCAGCAGCAGCAACAACAGGUGCAACAAGCGGGUGGCCAGCUGCAUCCGAACAAUAUCCCCCAGAUACACAAAAUCUCCUCGUCGGUGUCGAGCAAUGCGCUCUCCAAGUUGCCAUCCACCAAUUCUCUACGUGCCUUAUUGAGUAAAAGCUUCCGAAAGAGUUCCAUAUCUUCGGCUGGGACAUCCGGCGGAGGUCCUGGUGCGGCGGGCAAUGCCGCAAUCUCUCAAGAGAAGCACACCUUUACAACGCGGUACGGAACGAAGGAAAACAUCUACGAGGAUGUUGGCGCAGGAAGCACGCUUGGGGUGUUGGGAGCGGCAAAGCCAGAGGGAAACAUAAACUCUUCUUCGAUGCAGAGUUUUGAAUCGUUAAGUAAAUUCAAUAUCCACGACGAACUAAGGCACGUGCAGAGCCAACACGACAGAAUUAUAGGGGAGCUGAAUCUUUCUGUGGAAACGUUGAUCAUGCCAUCCAAGGACGAACAGGACGCCAUAGAAGAACGAUUGAAUGAAAUCCAUUGCGCACAGUAUCAUGAUGAACUGUCGCAAGACGAUUGUAUAGCAGCAGGUUCGUCCAAUUCAGCUAUGAUUCACAUGCAGGAACGGUUAUCACCGACCACUUCGCAGCCGAAUAAUGGCGAUGUAGAUAGCGGCAUUAGCGGAAGUAGUAGUAGUGGUGCUAGUUAUUCCAGUAGCAUGUUGUACCGGACUACCACUAUGUAUACGAACAACAGCAAGACGGUAACGAUUAACGAUAACGCUGAAGGUAGUGGUUCUGGAAUGUCAAUGAUGGCUGGUAGUAGCUCGAUAAGGAGCAGCUGCGGUAGCAGCAGCGGUUGCAAUACUGGUCCAGUUGGCGGCUAUUCGGCCUGUGGGAGUGCUAGUUGUAGUAAAAUGGCUUCUAACGUUGUGAUACCUAAUUCAAAUAAGCUAACCUGUUGUUUCUAUUCUGAUAAGCUAAGCAAAAAUAGUAAAUCCAAUUCCGAUCACUUAGAUACGCUUGGAGAUAAGUCCAGCUUUUGGAAUAAAUUGGGGAAAUUAAAAAUUUCCGGAGUAUUCGGUGGUGCCAACAGUAGUAACAGCAGCAACAGCAGCUCCAGCAGUAGUAGUACAAAUGGUCAACAUUUUCUUCCGCCGCAUCACCACCACCAUCCGCAUCUACACCACCAUCACUCUCACGGUCUGCUCAGUCAUCCCCAUCAUCUGUCUGGCCUUAACCAUUCAGCUCCGACGACCACCACCAAUACGGCCACAAUGGCGCGAAGCAACGAUGCCGAUCCACAUCUGCAUCUCCAUCAUCACCAUCACCACCACCACCAUCGUCUUCCGUCACCGCCGGUCACCACAACGAUCGAACCCUGGUGGCAGACGCCCCCGUCGGAUCCCGGCUGCAUAGAUAUCUCCGUUUGCGGCCUAGGCGAAUAUCAGAUGCCUUGCGAAAUCAUGAUUCCACCGCCGUCGCUGUCGUCGAUCGUUAGUGGUGCCAGUGUUCGUCCACCACUGCCGCAACCUCCUCUACAAACACAGAUCGAACUCGAAGAGGACGAAGAAGAGCAGCGUACAGAGCCGGAUGUUCCAACGUCGAACUAAUGCUGCAGAUAGAGUCGUCCAUUUUCAUUUGUGAUGUGAGUUCUUAUUCAAUGACCGUACUAUUACCAUACACAACGUUUUAUCGCGAUUGUAAAUAAGAAAUGGGCCCUCAUGCUCGUGUUUUAGUGUAUAGCAAAAAAAUAUAUAACUGUCAUUUUACCACAAAUGGAUCGAAACUGUAAACAAUGAAAUAAUCUGUAUAUUUUAGAGCAUCGAUUCAGUGUAUAGAAGUAAACAAAAAAAUAGGCGAACCAAUUCGACGCGAAAACAAGAAAGUAGUAGAUUUUAGUGUGAAUAGUUAGUGCUAUAUAAAGAAAAUAUUUAAAUUCGACAUCAAUUUUUGCGGUUCAUGGCGAGACCCAAACCGACGGACCAUUGUUUCGUGGCUGAUAUUUUUGUUUGUUUUUGUUUCUGUUCUUGGUAUUAUCGCGUCUAUCUGAACCAGAUGCAUUACUUGUAAAAUCGAGCGAAUUCAAAAUUGUUGACAAUUGAUUGGUUUAUUUCGGUUAAAUUUACAUUUGGAUCGAUUCGGUCACACUGCAAGCAGCGUAAGCGAAAUAUUCAUUUCCGAUUCAUUUGGCAAAAACGUACAUCUACAUGAAGAAGUAAAUGAAAGGAAACAAGAGUAAGGAAAUGCCAAAGAAUACAUUUAUUGAGGUAAUAUUAAUAUAUUUUUAUACUUAAUGUUAUUUAAAAUAAAUAUUUAGAAAGGAAAAAUUCAUUCAAAAUGAUAACAA